CCCUGAGAAUCCUCCUCCUUUUAAGUGUCUGUUAUAUAAUAUAAAUCAAGAAGAAGAAGAAGAAGAAACAGAGCAAAUAUAAAAUCAAUCCUUAAAAGCUUCACAUUUUUCUUCUUCUUCUUUCUCCAGACCAAUGGCUCUUCCGUUGCCACUGAUCUUACUAUUCUUCUCCCAUUUCUUCCUCCCCGGGAUUGAAUCGACGAGCUUCAUUAUGCAGAACAAAUGUGAAUACACAGUCUGGCCGGGACUUCUCUCCAACGCCGGAGUUCCUCCUCUUCCGACGACCGGAUUCGUUCUCCAAAAAGGCGAAGAGCGAACAAUCAACGCGCCAGCUUCAUGGGGCGGUCGAUUCUGGGGAAGAACGCUCUGCUCCACCGACACCGACGGAAAAUUCUCAUGCGAAACCGGCGAUUGCGGAUCCGGAAAACUCGAAUGCUCCGGAUCCGGCGCCGCUCCUCCGGCGACACUAGCCGAGUUCACGCUCGACGGAUCUGACGGUCUCGAUUUCUACGACGUCAGCCUCGUCGACGGAUACAACGUCCCGAUGCUCGUCGUCCCUCAGGGAGGCUCGGGGCAGAACUGCAGCAGCACGGGAUGCGUCGUGGAUCUGAACGGCUCGUGUCCGACGGAGCUGAGGGUGACGAGCGUCGACGGAGGAGGAAAACAGUCGAUGGGAUGCAAAAGCGCGUGCGAGGCGUUUCGGACGCCGGAAUAUUGCUGCAGCGGCGCGUUUGGAACGCCUGACACGUGUAAACCGUCGUCGUACUCGUUGAUCUUCAAAGCCGCGUGCCCACGUGCGUACAGCUACGCCUACGAUGAUCUGAGCAGCACCUUCACAUGCGCCAAGUCCCCUAAUUACGUCAUCACCUUCUGCCCAUCUCCAAACACCAGUCAAAAAUCAUCUCAAGAUCAGAGUCCAGAUCCGAAAGUGACGACGCCGCCAGGGACGUCGACAACUCCAGCCGGAGACAGUACGACGUGGUCGCCGGUAGAUACAUCGAUGAUAUACGAAGGUGCUCUGGACCAGAGCAAAGGAUCACCGUCAACGUGUCAUCUGUCCUUAUGUGGAAUCACAGUCACUGUCGCGCUGGCCUUUUGUCGGAUGUGGCAGCUCUUUUGACCUAACUUUGUCUCCCGCGGUAAACACUAAAUCAAGACGAGGUGGGCCCGCACUAAAGCCUUAUCUCGUCCCGGCCCAUGUGACCUUUUUCCGUAAUAACCGACGUCGGAUUGAGUCAGAGUUGAAAAAGGUACAGCAAAAAGAUCCUUACACAAUUUACAAAGUUACCCUCUCACGGGAGGAAUCUUAAUCUGGGUGAGGAACACGUGGGAAAACCAAAGUGGGCUGCUGGUGGAGUUUCAAAAAGAUGGGACUGAUAAUUGUAAGGUCACAGAAUAUUUCUUUGAUUUUUAAUAUAACUAGGAUUAGAAUAUAAGAGAUUACUCAUAUUUGUUUGUACACUAUAUAAAAGUAAUCUAUUAGUUAUAUUGGAAAAAUGAGGGGAAUAUUUUUUUUGUUUAUUAA